CAUUUUGUCAACCAUUUCCUAGACCGAUUCACUGCACUGGCAGUGUCCAUGGUCUUUGCACAGCUCAGGACGCCCUAUCUGGCCUCGCCUUCUUCUGGCUGGGAUUAGUAAACAGUUGCGGAUCCCGAAAAGACAAUACCCAGGUGAAUGACAGACUGUCUUGCGGGCCUGUCAGCACCACAAUACUUUUGCCAGGCGCUCGGUCCCGCAGGACAGCAGCGACAAUAGUGACAGCCUGCCAUGGCUUUGAAGAUCGUCAAAGGGAGCAUCGAUCGGAUGUUCGAUAAAAACCUUCAAGAUUUAGUACGUGGCAUUAGGAAUCACAAGGAAGAUGAGGCCAAAUACAUCUCCACCUGCAUCGACGAGAUCAAACAGGAGCUCAAGCAGGAUAACAUCGCCGUCAAGGCCAACGCCGUCUGCAAGCUCACCUACUUGCAGAUGCUUGGCUAUGACGUCAGCUGGGCUGCAUUCAACAUCGUUGAAGUCAUGAGCUCGUCCAAGUUCACCUACAAGAGGAUUGGCUACCUCGCUGCCUCUCAGUGCUUUCAUGAGAGCACUGAUGUCAUCAUGCUGACGACCAAUCAGAUUCGAAAGGAUCUGAGCAGUCCUAACCAGUACGACACGGGCGUGGCUCUCACUGGCCUGUCCUGUUUCGUGACCCCUGACCUCGCCCGGGAUCUGGCCAACGACAUCAUGACCCUGAUGUCCCACACCAAGCCCUACAUCAGGAAGAAGGCGGUUCUGAUCAUGUACAAGGUGUUCCUGAAGUACCCCGAGUCCCUGCGGCCGGCCUUCCCCAGGCUGAAGGAGAAGCUGGAGGAUCCAGACCCAGGUGUGCAGUCGGCCGCCGUGAACGUCAUCUGCGAGCUGGCCAGGAGGAACCCCAAGAACUACCUGUCCCUUGCCCCGCUGUUCUUCAAGCUCAUGACCUCCUCCACCAACAACUGGGUGCUCAUCAAGAUCAUCAAACUGUUUGGCGCCCUCACUCCCCUGGAGCCCCGCCUGGGGAAGAAGCUGAUUGAGCCGCUGACCAACCUCAUCCACAGCACAUCGGCCAUGUCUCUGCUGUAUGAAUGUGUCAACACGGUGAUAGCAGUGUUGAUAUCUUUGUCCUCUGGGAUGCCCAAUCACAGUGCUAGUAUUCAGCUCUGUGUACAGAAACUGCGAAUCCUGAUCGAAGACUCGGACCAGAACUUGAAGUACCUGGGCCUGCUCGCCAUGUCCAAGAUCCUCAAGACCCACCCCAAGUCCGUGCAGUCCCACAAGGACCUCAUCCUCCAGUGUCUCGACGACAAGGACGAGUCCAUCCGCCUCCGGGCCCUGGACCUGCUCUACGGCAUGGUCUCCAAGAAGAACCUGAUGGAGAUUGUGAAGAAGCUGAUGCUGCACGUGGACAAGGCGGAGGGCACCACCUACAGGGACGAGUUGCUCACCAAGAUCAUCGACAUCUGCUGCCAGAGCAACUACCAGUACAUCACCAACUUCGAAUGGUACAUCAGCAUCCUGGUGGAGCUGACCCGUCUGGAGGGCACCAGGCACGGCCACCUGAUCGCCUCGCAGAUGCUGGACGUGGCCAUCCGCGUCAAGGCCAUCCGGGCGUUCGCCGUGGCCCAGAUGGCCAUGCUGCUGGACAACGCCCACCUGCUGACCGGCAACACGCAGCGCAACGGCAUCUGCGAGGUGCUGUACGCCGCCGCCUGGAUCUGCGGGGAGUUCUCAGAGCACCUGGAGAACCCGCUGCAGACGCUGGAGGCCAUGAUGCGGCCCAAGGUGGCCACCCUCCCUGGCCACAUCCAGGCCGUGUACGUCCAGAACGCCGCCAAGCUGUUUGCCACCGUGCUGCGGGGCCAGGAGGGUGCGCCGGACAGCACUGCGGCCCAGGAGACCAGCCAGCUGCUGGUGGAAAGGCUGCCUCUGUUCGUCCAGAGCGCCAACCUGGAGGUCCAGGAGAGGGCCUCGUGUAUCCUGCAGCUGGUGAAGUACAUCCAGAAGCUCCAGCAGAAGGACGUGGAGGUGUCUGAGGAGGUCACGGCUCUGUUUGCAGGGGAGCUCAACCCCGUGGCCCCCAAGGCCCAGAAGAAAGUGCCUGUUCCCGAAGGCCUGGACCUGGAUGCCUGGAUCAACGAGCCUCCGUCUGAGAGCGAGUCGGAGGACGAGAAGCCCAAGGCGGUGUUCUCCAGGGAGGAGCCCAGGCACACCCGCCCACGCCACACGGAGGUGGACGAGAAGGAGCUGGCCAAGCGGAGAGAAGUCCGGAAGCAGGAGCAGGCCAACAACCCCUUCUACAUCAAGGCCUCUCCGUCCUCUCAGAAGGUGUACCAGGAAGCCCCUGGCGUGGAGCACAUCCCUGUGGUUCAGAUCGACCUCAGUGUGCCUCUCAAAGUCCCAGGCCUGCCCAUGUCGGACCAGUACGUGAAGCUGGAGGAGGAGCGGCGGCAGAAGGACCGGGCGGACAAGAAGAAGAAGGACAAGAAGAAGAGGAGGGAGAAGAAGGGGGGCCGGCGGAGGCAGGACUCUGGGCCCGAGAGCGAAGAGGACAUCACCCCCGCCCAGCAGGUGGACAUUGUGACUGAGGAGAUGCCGGAGAAUGCCUUACCCAGUGACGACGACGACAAGGACCCCAACGACCCCCACAAGGCCUUGGACAUCGACCUGGACAACCUGGUGGCAGCUAAAGGGCGCAGGCCCCUGGCGGACAGCGAGAAGCUUCCGGUCAGGACGCAUCGCCCCCCCGAGCUCCUGAAGAGCCCCGCGGCCGACAGGGAGGUGGAGGCCGUCCCAGCCGAGCCCAAGAAGAAGAGCGUCAAGGAGAAGAAGGAGAAGAAGAGAGACAAGGACAGGAAGAAGGGCAAGGAAGAGAAGAAGAAGAAGAAACACAAACAGGAAGGAGGGGAGGAGGACCUUCUGGAAGUUCAGGCGGAGGAGCCCGUCCAAUCAGCAGAGACCAAUGAGGUGGUGGCCCUCCCUGCCACCACCCCUGCAGAGGCUUCGGAUCUGGAUUUCUGGCUCUCAAAUGCACCAGUGCCCUCUAACUCCCAGGAGGCAGCAGUAACUGCCCCUGCCUCGGCCCCUGCCUUGGCCCCUGAGGCAGUUUCUGGAGCGACUCCAGACUCUGAGGCAGAUGAACCCAAAGACACUGAACCAGAGGAGACGAAGUCCUCCAAGCACAAGAAGAAGAAGCAGAAGAAGGAGAAGGAGGACAAAGACAAGAAGAAGAAGAAGAAACACCACCACCGUCACCACGGCGACGGCGGAGACGAGUCGGUGCAGAACGGUACCGUGGAGGAGGAGGAGGAGGAGCCACUGCCACCUAUGUCCAACUACAGCCUGCUGGCCGAGAACUCCUACAUCAAAGUGAUGAUGGAGGAUGCUGAUCAGGUGUGUGACAUCCAGGGCAACCUACAGGACGGCAGUCAGGUGGUGGUGUCGGUCAUCUUCGAGAACAAGUGCGACAGCUUCCUCAAGUCCAUGGAGUUCAACGUGCUGGAUUCCCUCAACUCCAAACUGCAGAGGCCUGAGGGGGCGGGGCCACACGACAGCCUGACAGUGCCCUUCCAGCUGCCCCCUGGGGUGUCAAACGAGGCGCGCUUCGUGUUCACCAUGCAGAGCAUCGUCAUGCCUCAGAAGCUGAAGGGAACUCUCACCUUCAUCGUCAAGAAUGAGGACUCCUCGACUCACGAAAAACUGGACUUCAAACUGCACUUUACCUGUACCUCAUACCUGAUUACCACACCCUGCUACAGUGACGCGUACGCCAAGCUCCUGGAGUCGGGGGACCUGAAGUCGAGCUCGGUCCGCCUGGAGGGCAUCAGCAUGCCUUUCCACCACCUCCUGGCCCGGAUCUGCUUCCACCACCACUUCUCUGUCGUGGAGCGGAUCGACUCGUGCGCCUCCAUGUACAGCAGGUCCAUCCAGGGGCACCACGUGUGUCUUCUGGUCAAGACUGCCGACCAGACGGUGUCCAUCGACGCCAAAUGCGACGAGCCGUCGCUGCUCGGGAACGUGCUGGAUGAGAUCAAGCAGACAUUUUCUCAGUGCUGAUUUGUGUUUGACAGUUUGCCUGUGCACCCCCCCUCCCCCCCCUCCCUCGCUUGCUCAUCCCCCAACCCCCCCCCCCCCCCCACACAGACAUAAUCAUGUUACACUGCGGCUAGCACACCCAGUCUCGCCCUAUUUAUUUGUCCUGAAGGUUCGACCCCUCUGUCUUUCACCCUGGUCCCCCCCCCCCCUCUCAGAACUCCUCCUCCUGCUGUUGUCUUACUGUCGCUUCACGCUCACUUCCAGUCUGCCCCCCCCCCCCCCCCAUCCACUUCUCACCUUGUUUGCCCUUCAACCUCUGAAACGCCGAUGUCAUCCUUGAUGCUUCUCCCUGGGAACCUUCACCCCCCCUCCUCUUGGUCCGUCUGUGAUGAUCAUGACAUGUAACUCUGACAACUGGACUUGAUUUCUCUUUUUUUUUUGUUUAGUUUUUUUUCGUCCUUGUUGAUGUUGAAUUGUGUUUUUACUGUUUUUGCGUUGUUUUGAUUCGUUGCCGUUCUGUUAGUUUCGGAUGUCCACCUGCGCCUUUUACUCCUGUGUGUGUGUGUGUGUGUGCCCUCCUGUGUGUUUAUCCCUGUUAGUGUGACCAGUUCCCAGUCAGACCGGCCUUCGGCUGGAAACAUGCUGACUCUAAACUCCUGACUAGCUGCCUGGACACGGGUGACAGCUAUCCGCAGGAUCAGCCCAGAGAGACACAGUGUACAGCUGCUGUGUUCAAACUUCAUAUUAGGCUAUUUUUGCGCAGUGCUUUUCUGUUUGGCCAAUCAUGAGGAACGUGCGCCAUCUUUUUCCUUAGAGUAGUACCCGCUCCAUGUUCCUCCUGUGCUCCAGUAAGAGACCAUUAAUCUGACAUGCCUGAGCUGCUGUUGUUCUGAGAGUAUAUUUAUUCGGGAGAGUCGAGGUUCACUUACUCAGACCAAGUUGCGUAGCAGCCUUACAGACUUGUACCUCGCAUACAGUUCUGGACAAAAAAUUGAGAGACCACUACACCUUUUUCUUUCAAUAAAAAAAAAAAAGUUAAAAAAAGUUGAGAAGGACAAUUUUGAGUGAGGAACGGAAGGGUAAAAGGCCAUUGCAAAUUUGACCCUUCUGUUCCUCACUCAAAAUUGUCCUUCUCAAAAUUUUGGGGCUGAAAGAAAAGUGGUCUCUCAAUUUUUCCCAGAGCUGUAUAAUCACACCUACGAAAAUCGGGAGCCCGACGGUGUCAGUUCCCUAUAAAAGAUGUCGAUAGAAUGGUGUAGGCCUAGUAGUUUUUUUGAAUGGUUUUAUUUGACUCAGUAAUUGUACUGCUUAGUUGCAGUGCUGUGGUGUGUCUCACUGCCUUGGGCACUGCCACAAUAUAUCUGAAGUGAGUAACAAGAAUAAAGUGGAAUAAAAUAUGACUGCUUUGUGGGCCUGCCUCUGUUUCUCUUUAUUGAGAAGGCUGGCGAUCGCUUACAGGAGCAGAGUUAGACCCUCUCGCUCACUGUUGCUUAGCUUCUGACCAGGAAGUGUGCAUAUCAAACGGUUAAAGAUCUCUCUUGUUGCUAAGGGGUACAGUAACUAUUGGAAACGGACAAGGUUGUAUGACGUUGUCUUUCUACUUGGCCAGGCCAGUGGGUGCUAGGUUGUGUCUGUUUUCCCUCUCAAGCAGUAUUAGUCGAGGUGACUAGUUUUUCUCCUCCUACUCGUCCUGAGAAAGCAUCCACUCUUGUCAGUCGUCCUGAGAAAGCAUCCGCUCUUGUCAGUCGUCCUGAGAAAGCAUCCACUCUUGUCAGUCACGAAAGUGCGUAAAAUCAUCCGAACCUCUUGCGCCUGUGCCACUCUGACUAUCCCACUGUACACAUCUCUGGUAUACAGACUUAGAUUCCAGUGUUAUAUCCUUUCAGAACUGCCUUGCCCUUUCCUCGUGCAUUGAGAACAUUGUAGACAAGAACUCUCAUUUUAAAUGGAUUCCUUUCAUGACUUGCUCAGAGGCACAAGUGGUCUCACAGUCUGGUCCAGCACGACUUCAAAGUAGCAAGUUAUAAAUAGUUUUGUUUGUAUCCCAAUUAACCCCUCCAUUAUGGUUUCUUGAACGUAGAUGAUGAUGGUGUCGUUUGCCUGAGUGGUCACCUUAGCCUAGAUUGUUUUUCUGUUCUGUAAUAACCUUAAAUAUGGAUUGAUGUCAGGAAUAUCGACAAAUCCAGAAAAUAUUCUUCCUGUUCCUGAAAAUUCUUUGACUGAUGUGAAUUAAAGAGAAUGACACCGAAAGAGACGCUUGUAAUCAUAAAUUGUACUAAUUAUUAACAUUUAUUGUGCAAAGUAUUUAAUUAAAAUUUGUAUCUUGCAUGAGUAGGAAUGUAUUCUUUUUUACUUUUCAUUUAUUCCCGGGUCAUACACAGGAUUCCAUUACAUUCCUUUUGAUUGUCUUUACUUUUAUAUUUUUUUUAUGAAGUAAAAGUUGACUUCAUUAUUCUACAGGUUCGAUAGGAUUGUAUUUUAUCUGUUUUAAGUUCAUACAAUACAACAAUAUCUUUAAAUGAAUGUUCUAAAUUAUUCUACAUUAGCAAUUGAGGUUCUGUCUGGUACCAUAACAACAUGUAUAGGAGUCGUUGUGCGAAAGGUUAUACGAUGCAGUUCAGAGAAGCAACCCACUUUGUCUUAACUCUUUUCUCUGGUGAAUUGUAGUGAUAUCUUGCUGAGUUUGGCUUGUGAAAUUGAAAUUCUCAUUGGUCCCUUUCAAUACCUUCAUUCCCCACUCUCAAGCUGUAAAAUGUAAUAUACAGAUUUGAAGGGACUACGCGGCAGACGCAAUGAGCUGUUUGCUAUUAACGUUCGGUUUACAAAAAGUGAAAUCUACCCAAAUCGAAAUGAAGGCUAAGCUGCUGUAGUCUCCUUGUGUUAAGGUGAAACAAUAAACUCCCACGUUAAGGAUUA